AUGGACGCUUCAUUUGGACCUAACCAAUUAGGAACUAAUGAAGCGCUUAUUAAUAAUUCUAUCCGUUCUCAAACUUCCUUUUCUUUUUCCAAUUCCAUAAAUGAGGCAAACAAACAUAAUCAGUCUAUAAAACAUAUAUUAAAAUCUGAAAAUAUUUACAAAGAACAUAAUCUUGUAUCUACUCAAUAUAUAAAACAUAAUAAUGAAACAAAUCUUAACGAGUGCACUAUACAAAAUUCUAUAAUUACCCAAGAAAAAAUUAUUACAACACCCACAAGUCCAGCAAUUGCAUCCACUCUUCAGUCCAUCAAUCCCGAUGUAUCUAUAAAAAAUAAGCAUUUAAAUACAAACAGUAACGAUUGUCACCCUCUGCAAAAUCACAUGGAUAUUAAUAGAGAUGAAAAGGUACCUUUUUCGUGUGUUUCGGAAUUGACUCAAGGAAAUGACUCGAGUGAUACAAAAAAUAAAUGGAAUAUGGGGGAGGUACAUAUUACUUGUAAUCCACUUUCAACACCGUAUCCGUAUUCCACGCCACACCAUAACAUUAUGAGCGAAACUGUAACAGAACCGCUAGAUGAUGAACCAAAAGGUCGAAGCUGCGGAAAUUUUUUACCAAUCUUAUCGUUGAUUCCACAAACAGUCAUCAGCUUUCAAUAUUUAAGCCCGAAAAUGAAAUUUUCGUGGUGGAGAAAUAAGAUCUCGUGAAGGUACGCUUAAAUGGACUAUUUAGCGCAAUUGUUGCUAAUGGUUUCGUAGCGCAAUUGUUGCUAGUGGUCCUGUAGCACAAUAAAAUGCUAUUUGGUCAAGAUCUAUGAAAACCUCUUACCUCGUAGUGAGUUCCCAAUCUUCAUCAAUUAGAGGUAUCCUGUCAUCGUUACACUUAUAUGUCAGUCAGCCUAUACCUCUUUGUUACUAUAAAUAGGAUCAUACUGAAAGAACGCAUGCAGGUAGAUUUUAAAAGCAUAGGUAGUUCCUUCACUCUAUGGAAACGUUUUGCACAAUGUACAACAACUUCGAAUCCUUUAAUAAUAUUGUCUAUAUUGUACAUUACGCUUCUAUUGGAUCCUCUAGUCCAUGAAGUUUUUCCUACAGUUUAUUAAUUUAUAGUAGAAUAAAACAGAUAUCCUUGCUCCAUGUGGAAGAUUGUCUUAUAACUUCCUCUACUUAUAUCUCAAUAUUACUUAUAGAAAUUCAUUUUAGAAAAAAUCAAUAUGGAUUAUGCAACAGUAUGGAUCUAAUUUCAAAUGAGAUACAUCAGUAAUAUUACAGUUUCCUUAAAUUUAUUUCUAUCAUAAAUGAUUUUUGUUUGAGAAAGAAAAAUAUCUAUUUAAGGAAAAAGUCCUCGUAAGAAUAUUUUUUUUGUAAAAAAAUAUUUUAAAUCUUAAAAAAUCUUAUAAAAUCUUAAAAAAAUAUUUAUGUAAGAAAAUUUCUUUUCUAUAAAUAUAAAUAUUAAAUAAACAGCUUCUUUCUUAACUUAAUGGAUUAUUUCUAAAACAAAAUAUAUUGAUCCAUACGAGCUUUUAAAAGUAUUAGACUUUUAAAUGUCAUGUUUCAUCAGAGUAUAAUUAAAAUAUUCCAUGUGAAUAACUACUAUAUGUGAUAUUAUUAAAAAUAUGGAAAAUAAUACACCAGUUGGUGCUGUACAAUGUUAAAAAUCUAGAUUAAUUCAAUUUCCGUACUAAAUUUAGUUUCAUUUUAUGAAGUGGAAGGAGCAUUAAGGUAGUUAAAGCACUAUGAUUAAUUAAAUCAUUCCUAUAUGCGUGUGUGUAUAAUAUGUGCGAGCGAUGUAUGUAUAUAUGAUAAGUCAUAUUUCUUCUAAAAAUUUUAUUUCUCUAUGAGAAAUGUUUAUAUCUAUAAAGAGACCAUAUUUCUAAAAAGAUGAUUAAAAUUUAACUUUUAUUAAACUCAUUUUAUUGAAUAUUCAGAAUUUUAUUACAAGGAUUCAUAUUUUGUUAUUUUUUCUGCUACUUGUUUCUCAUCUUAAUGCUUUCUACCUAAAAUCAAUCGUAAAAAUUCAUUUAUAAACUUAUAUCUGGUUCAUUUUACAAUACUGUUACUUAUUUUUUGUUUGCCAGCUAAUAAAUAGGUUUUAUAAGUAUUUAUAUUCUGUUAAAUUUUAUAAAAUUUCCACAAAUUGUUUUAAAAUUAAAAUAAUAAAUAAUUUUAUAAUUGUCUUACGUACAUAGUAAAGAGUAAAGAAAUUUUGGUUUUCAAAGAAGAGAGAGAAAGAUAGAGUAAGAGAAGAGAGAGCGAAAGAGAGAGAGACAAUAAGAAUUAUGUCUAAAAAUUUUGUUUCGUAUACAUAUAAGAUGAUUUAACUUUAUAAAUGUACUAGCAUUAAUAACUUAUAUCGUUUAGAAACAAACGUAAUAGUAACUUUUAAUCAUUAAUGAAAAUAUAAAAUUUGUACUGAUUGCUUCUUGUUUCAUGAAUAAUGUCUCAUUUAAAUUACAUAUAAUUUGUAACAAUUUAUUUUAUUUUACAACAGUGAGAAAUCUGCACUUUUAACAAUACUAACCAUCUAAUAAUAUAAGUAAAUAAAACAUAAUGUGGUAGGUAAUAUAAAUUAGUCCUAUUAAGUGCUUUCUAAAAUGUAUUAUCUUUUGCUAUAGAUUAUUGUUGCAUGUAUGAUAACUUAAUUUCUGUAUUAUAUUCAUAAAAUAAAGAUUAUAUUUAGUCAAUUAA